AUGGAAGGAUCCAGUUUUGGGAUAGACACGAUAUUGUCCAAUGCUGGUUCUGGCAGCCCUGGCCUGUUGAAUGGAGACUUUAGCCGGGAUGGCAGAGAUUUUAGGAACCAGGGUCCUCUCUCUCCUGGUUCGGAAAUAGACACUGUUGGGAGUUCUCCUUCAUCUCCUAUUUCAGUUACAAUGGAGGCGGCAGAUCAGCACCGGCUGGUGGACAGCGCACACCUCCAUCACCUCCACCACAGUCACCAGCAGGCACCCCCACAGCAGCAGCAGUCACCCCCACAGCAGGCAGCUCAGCUGGCCACUGCCCCCAGGACUUCCACCUCUUCCUUCUUAAUUAAAGACAUUUUGGGAGACAGCAAACCCCUAGCUGCCUGUGCCCCUUACAGCACCAGUGUGUCCUCCCCUCAUCAUACUCCCAAGCAUGAGGGCAAUGUGGCUUCAGAAAGUUUUCGACCCAAACUAGAACAUGAGAUGCAAGAUGGCAAGAGCAAAGGAGAAAAACUACGAGAUGACCUGCAUUCAGAUAUGAAAGGGCAUGGUACAAAGGAAGAAGGAGACAGAGAAAUUUCAAGCAGCCGGGACAGUCCUCCUGUCAGAUCCAAGAAGCCCAGGAAGGCGAGGACGGCCUUUUCAGAUCACCAGCUCAAUCAGCUAGAGAGGAGCUUCGAGAGGCAGAAGUAUCUGAGUGUACAAGACCGAAUGGACCUGGCAGCAGCACUGAACCUCACAGACACCCAAGUCAAGACCUGGUACCAGAACCGAAGGACAAAGUGGAAGAGGCAGACAGCAGUGGGUCUGGAGCUCCUGGCUGAGGCUGGCAAUUACUCUGCUCUUCAGAGGAUGUUCCCUUCUCCUUAUUUCUAUCACCCAAGCCUACUGAGCAGUAUGGACAGCACCACAGCAGCCGCAGCAGCUGCAGCCAUGUACAGCAGCAUGUACAGGACUCCCCCUGCCCCCCACCCUCAGUUACAGAGACCCUUAGUCCCCAGGGUUCUCAUCCAUGGCCUAGGUCCUGGGGGGCAACCAGCUCUUAACCCUUUGGGUAACCCCAUCCCAGGCACCCCCCACAAUCGGUGA